AUGUCCCUCACCAGCAAGUAUAUUCUGUCAGAACUGGGCUCGCCCGGAAAAAGUGGAAGUUUCUUCUACUUUUCGCGUGAUUACAAGUAUAUCAUCAAAACGAUCCACCAUUCGGAACAUAAACUAUUACGCAAGAUCCUUCCCGAAUACUACAAGCACGUCGAACAAAACCCGAACACCCUCAUAUCCCAAUUCUAUGGCCUCCACCGCGUUAAGAUGGCCUAUGGCCGGAAGAUCCACUUCGUCGUGAUGAACAACCUUUUUCCGCCCCAUCGGGAUAUUCACCAAACAUUCGAUCUGAAAGGAUCGACCAUCGGCCGUGACCUGCGCGAAGAUGACCUCGAAAAGAACCCCAGAGCGACCCUGAAGGACUUGAACUGGGUUCGGAGAAACCGACAACUUCAGUGCGGCCCGUCCAAACGAGAAUUCUUCCUGGCGCAGCUUCAGCGAGAUGUGGAAUUGCUGAAGCGGCUCGGAAUCAUGGAUUAUUCUCUUCUGGUGGGAAUCCACGAUGCCGAACGCGGAAACGAGGAGAGGCUCCGGGACAAGACCUUGCAAGUCUUUUCACCCGGAGGUGACCGCGAAGAAGAGGCAGCGCCCAACAUGCUAAUGCGGACACCUUCCAAAUUGGAGAGUGAGCGCAAGGCGCGCGAGUUGCGGCUGUCUCUCAAACGAGAACGCCCGGUGCCGCUAGACAGGGCCGCGGCGAAGAUGCCGGAGGAGAUCCUUGACGAACGCAAGUUCCAUGUUUUCUAUUCCGACGAUGGCGGAUUCCGCGCGACCCAUGAGAACGGUCAACCCGGAGAGGAGAUCUACUACCUUGGGAUCAUUGAUUGCCUGACCCACGUGAGUUUGACCACUGUUCUGAAAUUUGAGCCUCAAUUGCUGAUCCCAUCUUCCGCUGCUCUAGUAUGGAACCGUGAAAAAAUUGGAACAUUUCUUCAAGGGGCUCUCCAAUGA